CCAGCUCCCCGCGGAUAUUUUCUCCUCACAAACAUCUCGCUGCCGGGGCAGGCCACCGUCGCACGCGGCAUAAUAGCACGGCGCUUUCAGCCACCAUCACCACCGCCGCCCGCGCAAUUAACACCACCGCUAACGAGCGCGGCCACGGCCACGGCCUAGCAAUACACACCACCAGUACGCUCCGGCAGCAGUAGCAUCGGCCGGCGCGCUUGUGCGGAGAGGUCGGUCGAGCGACAUGUCGAGGCCGAGCAGGAGCGACGCGCACCUGUCCCCGGUGGACGAGGCGGUGAGGGUGGACGAGGUGCGGGGGUACUACGACGGCGCGGCGCCCAAGCGCCACUCCAAGCCCUCCCGCAGCGACCACUCCGCCGUGUACACCGACGCGCUCGCCGGCCCCGGCGCCGACGGCUCCCACCCGGAGCUCGACAAGUUCCAGGACCUGGAAGCCCACUCCGAGAAACUGGUGUGCGAGGGCGGGAAGGCGGGCGAGGAGUUCGUGGAGACGGAGUACUACAAGGACCUCGGCUGCGUCGGCAAGCAGCAUCACACGACUGGCACGGGCUUCAUCAAGGUGGACAGGCCCGCCGGCGCCUCGUUCGAGCUCUCCGAGGACCCGGAUGCGACGGAGCGCCAUGCUUCCUCCAAGGGAAACCCCGCCACAAACGAGUGGAUCCCGUCAGCUGACACGGUGUAUCAGGAGGAGUCAGACAAGCCCAACAGAAGCGACAGCUGAGCCGGGCAAUGGUCUACACUCUACAGCCAACAUGAUCAGAUGCGUGUGACCUCCGGUUAAAUCGGCUAUUAAAAAAAUUAAGGGCGCGUAUUCGUGUAUAUCUGCCAUUUGUUAUUGCGAUUCUUGUGAGGUUCUAUCUACUACUUGUCAAACUCGUGGGUCGUUUUGGGAGCCUGUGUUGUGGAACUGAAUGAAGUGCAGGAAAAUAAAUCAGAAGUAUGUCCAGUUCGUGUUA